AUGAAUGCAAUGCCCUACACUGCAAUGGAUGACCCUUGCCUAGCUGAUACAAAAAAAAUCUUCACCAUGGAUGCUACAUUGGAUUAUGAAGCAUUGGUUAAUACUUUACAGAGACACACAAAAUGUACAGAACAUACAUGCCUCAAGAAAAAAGGUCCCACAUUUGAAUGUCGUUACAAAGCUCCAUGGGUUCAACAAGAGAUGUCUACAUUGACAGUUGACAAUGACAACAACCCAUGCUAUAAACCUGCAAGGAAUGAUGAUCGUUUGAAUAUUCAUAAUCCUUGGAUGCUUUCACUAUGGAGAGCUAAUAUUGAUUGUCAACCAGUCACUUCAAAAAAAGCUGUCCUCCAAUACAUUUCAAAGUAUGCUUCAAAAUCAGAAAACAAAUCGCAAUCCUAUAUUGAAAUGCUGAAGACAAUACUAAAUACAAGUAAAUCUGAAGAUAGCAUUUUAUUAACAUAUCAGAAAUUUAUGAUGGGCAUAGUAGUAGACCGUGAUAUCAGUGCACAAGAAACUUGCCAUAUGUUACAGAAAUUGCCUCUUCUAAGUUGUAGCCGACAAUUUGUCUCUCUAAAUGUUGGCAAAAAAAUACUGCACCGUGUCAUAAAAUCAGAUAAUGGAGCUGACCUUUCCACAACUUAUAUCCAUGCUUAUAUGCAGCGCCCUUUUGAAUUAAAUGCAACAAAUUUGCUACAAUCAGCACAAGGGUUUUCAUAUAAUUCUCAACGCAAAAAAACAAAAUGGCACAUCAGGGAUAAAAAAGCAAUUGUGACUGUAUAUCCUCAGUUUAUAGAGCCUCCAAAUGAAGAUAUCAAUCAGUUUGAGAUUUUUUGUUUGUCUGAAUUGCUGCUAUACAAACCAUUCCGUGACAUCCCAACUGAAAUAGGAGCUUCAAAGGAACAAAUUAUAAAAAAUUGGAAAAACUUUAAAAAGACAAAUUACAACCGUUUGGGAAAUCAACAGAUUAUAGAUGAUUGCAGCCUUCCAAACGAAGAUGACAGUGACAAUAAUGGUUCCCAACAUCAAGAUGAUACAAAUCUGUACGAGUGGGAGCAGAUCUCACAAAUGGGAGCUACAAAUAACUUUGUCCAGAAUGAUCUGCAAAUGCUAGGCCGUCGUGAUUACGAUAUUAGCCACUUUUGGGGAGCAACUGUUGUGGUUGAUCAACUAGACUCCACUGCCCUUCAGUUCAUAGCUACAAGCAAGCUAACACCCCAACACACUAGCAUGCAAAUCUCCAGCCAAGACACAAAAAAAAAACAGCUAUCGCCUCAGCAACAAGUUGCGCUCAACAUUAUUCUACAACAUCAUAAUAAUCAAUCUGUAACAACACCUUUACGAAUGAUUGUUCAAGGCAUUGCUGGCACUGGUAAAUCAUUUUUAAUAGAUUGUAUUAGAAAAGAAUUAAACAUAUCUCCACCUAUGACGGCAAACCCAUUGCUUGUUUUAGCACCAACAGGAGUUGCUGCAUUUAAUAUACAAGCGACAACAAUCCAUGCAGGGUUGCGCAUACCUAUAAGAGAAAUGCAUCCUUUGACAGGGCAGUCAUUAAUGACAUUGCAAGAGCAAUUGAAACCUAUCAAAUAUAUUCUGAUAGAUGAAAUGAGCUUUUUGGGCCCGAAACUACUACUUAAGAUAGAUAACCGUUUACGCCAAGCAUUCCCUAACAAACAACAUGACAACUUUGGUGGCGUGUCCAUGAUUCUUGUUGGUGAUCUUGCUCAGCUUCCCCCUGUAAUGGAUAAACCUGUAUAUGCUUCGCACUCUACAGCCCUCAGUUUAUGGCAUUCUUUUACUAUUGUCAUAACAUUGGACACUAUUUUCCGCCAGCAAGCUGCAUCUAUAAGACAACAACAAUUCAGAGCACUUCUUCACAACUUAAGAAACGCUCAAGCACUCCAACAUGAUUGGCAGUUUCUGAUGUGCCAGACAAAUGCAACAUUAACUAUUCAACAAAAGAAAGAUUUCGACUCUUCGAUCCACCUGUUUGCAACAAAUUAA